AAUAAAGCAUAUAUCCACAAACAAAACCUGAAUAUAUUACUCAACUACUUGAACAAGAAUAUAAUCUAUUUUCAGCAUAUCUAGCUAGCGAGUUCAUUUUUCUUAAAAAAGAUAUUAACAAAAAUCUGCAAUGGGCAGGAAGCGCCUCAAGAACCCUGAGGAUAUUAAGGACAUACUUUUGAAAGCACUGGAUGAUCUUGUUAGCGUAAACUCACUCUUCACAGUAGCAGUAUUCUUGGGCUUAUCUUUUGCAUCUCCAGACCAGUUAAAAAGCCUGGAAGUUAACAGACCCGAAUGCGAUCCAGACGAGAAGAUGGGGAAACAACUGGUGGUGUACGAAGUCGUCUCAUUUUCUAGCUUCCUGCUUUCAAGCCUGGUUGCAAAAUCACUGAAGCUUUUCCUCAGCCUUUUCUACUCCAAAACGACGAAGUGCGGUAAGUGUGAUGGUGAGACACAGGAUAUAGAAGAAAAGAAAGAUCCAAUUUUCCAUGCGGGGAGAGGAUUCCUGUAUUCACUGUCCAUACUGGCAUCAAUUGUUGGGGUUGUGUUUCUGACAAUAUCGAUGGCUUACGUAGUGGAGAUGAAGGUGGGGAGGUUUUCUUGCGACAUUCGUGAGACUCGGACUGCAGUGAUUGCGUUAUGCGUACUUGUGCCUUUAGCUUUGGUUGUUUAUAUACCUUCAGUGUCGGCUGCCUUGUUUUAUUGUGUAAUAGAGUCAUAAAACAACCUAAUUAUAUUUAGUAUCCAUAAUAAUAUCCACUGUGUAAAUCCUCCACAUAUAUUUAUGUGUGUGUCUAUUGUGUUUAUGAAUUUCUGGUAGUAAUAAAUAAAAAACAGCUGCUAUAAUUGAUGGGUUUA